AAUCCAAAGUGGAGCCCUUCCAAACUGGAGGAUGUUGACAUGUCUGAAGUCGAAUCAGUUUUUGAACCUCUACCCCCCGAAGAUGAACUGGUUGUUUGAUGUGUAGUUGCACUCAUCAUGGAGGAAUGAGAAAGACCAGCAGCGUUUUUUUUUCUUGUUCCUGAUUGAUUUCAUCAUACUAUUUAUGUUGAAAAGGUACCACUAAUUUACUACUCACACUUAAAUUAAAGCGCCAGACCACGUUUAGAAGAAUAAAGGUGUACUUCUCAACCGAAUUAAAUUACAGCCCGGACUAAACCUCCUUUAUAACGGAGUAUCAUUGCACUCGCAGAUGUAUCGUUGGAUUUUGUUCUACGGUUUAUUGGUCAAUAUUUCUUCUA